AUGGCGACUUUAGCAGACGAGCUAUUGAACGAUUUUGAGGAGUCUGGCUCUGAGGAUGAGAGCACACUCGCCAACACCUUGUUCCCCGACAAAGCCGCGGAAUCUGAUGCUGAUCGCUCUGCUAAAGUUCGAGGCGAAGGGAUGGAGCUUGACGGAGAUGAAGAAGAAGUGAACGAUGAUGACGCAGAUACAGAUAUUGCCAUGGACCCAACCGGGAAAUUGGACAAACAGAUGGGAGAAGCGGAUGCUACCAAGGCGAAGGUCGAGAAAAUGCGGUUCGGGACUGUGAGCGAUGUACGGAGCGUGGCGAGCUUAAUGAAAACGCUGCAACCGAUUUUAGAUACCUGA